UGAGACGGACCUCUUAAUGAGUCGGACUAUCAUGGCGGCGCUCUGGUGGAGAGCAGCGUACCUCAGUUUCAUUCGGACUUCUGCUCGUUUCCUGUUUAAGGUACGACCUGCAGUCCGUAAAUCCAGCAAACUUCUGCACUCAGGUGUGGCAUCUUUAGCUGUCGGCGGUGGGCUGUGCGCUGUGCCUUUCAAACAGGUUGACGAUCUCUCUCAUGACUCUCUGGUCAGACGAGCAGCCUCCCUGGUCACAAACAGUUCCAGCACUUUCCUCUCUCAGACCACAUUAGCUCUCAUAGAUGCCAUCACAGAAUAUUCAAAGGCCGUGCACACGCUCAUUUCUUUACAAAAACGAUAUUUGGCCUCUCUGGGAAAACUGACUCCAGCAGAAGAGGAUUCGAUCUGGCAGGUGAUCAUUGGCCAGCGAGCAGAGGUUAACGACAGACAGGAAGCAUGCAGGCGCUUCGAGUCGACCUGGUUCACUGCGGUGAAGCUGUGCGAGACGGCGGCUGAGGCGGCGUACGUUUCAGGAGCUGAGCAUGCAUCCGUCACGGUAAGGACAAACAUUCAGCUGGCCCAGUCGCAGGUGGAGGAGGCCCAGAAGAUCUCACGGGACGCAGAAAAGAAGCUGGCUGAGACGAAAGUCAUGGAGGUGGAAAGGAUGAGUGAAAACGCUGCUGCGUUGGAGAGUAACACUGAGGAGGAGAUGCCUGAAGCUUAUCUGAGAGAAGACUGAGAGAAACGAUUAUCAGAUAAUAAAUUUUAACAUUUAAAAUCUGAACAUGAGCCACUGAUCAUUAAAGAAGUUCAUGAUUUAUAAUCUACUUUAGGUUUUUGACAGUGCAGUUCUAAUAAUGGUCAGAUAGCAGAAUGCAUUAAAGCUUUACUUUGUUGCUGUGAAACUUCAGGUUUGUGUGAAUUUUUUUUUGUCAAAAUUCAUUGUAAUAAAUAAAAAUGCAAUAAUUUUGCUUUUCA